GGAUUCGGUAAACCGACAAAAUCCAGAAGUAAACUACCCGACUGCAACCAGUCAUCAGCUCAGAUACCCGUCAACGCCUCGUCAUCAUCGGAAAUCUCCUCGAAAGCUCGUCCAGCUCUAGCUGCAGUCUCCGGGAACGGCUCUUUUCAGAACGGUAAUGAUCGAAACGUUAAUAAGGUGAGUCGAAUUCAAUGUAUUUGCCGAGAUCACCUGAGGUGA